AUGGGUGGUUCCGCUGCCGCUGCAGUGCUGUCGUCAUCCUCCAUCGAUUCCUCUCUGAAUCAAUGGAGUCAGGGUGCACCCGACAAAAUGGCAUUACUCCAGAAGCGUAUGGAACAAGGUUCAUCUAAUAACAACCAAUCGCAACAACAACAACAACAACAACAAGCACAACAUCAACAACAACAACAACAAUCUAUUAAUACAGUUAAUACUACAUCAACAGAGAAGAUGAAACUAUUACAAAGUAGAAUGGAAACACCUAAUUCAACACCGACACCAACAUCUACACAUACUUCAAAGCCAAAGAAGACUGUCAUUCCAUUUGGUAUUACUUCACCAUCUAAACAUCAGAAUCAACAUCAACAACAUCAGCAUCAGCAUCAACAUCAACAUCAUCAUACUCAUAGUCAUAAUCAUAGUCAACAACAGCAACAACAUACUAUGAAUAUUAAUCAUAAUCAACAGCAGCAACAGCAACAUCAUCAACAACAACAACAAUCUUCAACUAUAUCAUUAUCAUCAACAUUAUCACAUAAUACAAAUACAUCUUCAUCUUCAACAACCACAGCAUCAUCAUCAUCAUCAUUAGCAGGUUUAAAUAAUCAAUAUAGUAGAUUAAUGUCAUUCUUUGGUAUUAGAGAACAUUUCUUUCUAUAUUUUAUAUUGGCUUAUGAUAAUCAUCAGUUCUAUCAUCAUCUGCAAUCAUCGUUGGUCGAAAAGAUAACAAUACUUCAAAGCUGUCAAUGCAGUAACAAUCAUAAUCAUUCGGACUACCACGAGCGUGUCACUCAUCUCAAGAGUCUAAUGAGGUUGUUGGCAUUCAUCUAUAUGCUGCCUACCGAGAACUACCAGAAACACUCGAUGGCGCUGCAAUCACCGUCGUUCGCCGAGAUAACAACGCGUACCGGCUUGUUACCACCGCCUUUCGAUGUACGUGCGAUGCUAAUGAGUGCAAUCUCCUCAGAGUCACUGGCAGUGGCGGUGCCGUGUGUCAUCGAGUUUGUGAGGAUGGCCGACAACGUCACACGCGAAACCAGCUACUUCCAGGAGCUGAUAAACAUCCUCAAGAACAUCUAUAUGCUACCGACGAUAAUACCGACUGCGACACAGCCAUUCUUCAACUACACAUCGAUAUUCAUCCAGCUCGAGCUGGAGCAAUACUUUGAGUCGUCGAACCAGUCACCUUUCAACUCGACACACAUCGCACUGCCUUUUGCCGGUUCAUCGAUGUUCUCCGUUGGUAACUCACCGACAACCGGCAAUACACCGAGAACACCUACAACUCCAUCGAAAAACAACAACAACAACAACAACAGCAAUAACAAUAACAAUACACCUACAUCACCAACACAUACGAAAACACCAUCGAAAUCAAACAGUAGUACAACUAAUAAUCUAUCGGCUAUCGAUUUGAAUCCAAAUGUUGGGUAUUCAUUGCUUUGGUCAUAUCCAAGCAAUAGUUAUCUUCAAGACAUUCAAAGAUUGUUGAGUGAAUCGGCAGAGUUUGCAAAUGCUCUAGCUACUGCUUCCGCUGCUUCUUCGUCGACUGGUUCACCUGGAAAUCUGAGUGAAUCAAAUACACCGGUUUCUUCACCAUCCAAACAACUGCUGUCUAACAAACGCAAACAAAUCGUUCCAGUCAAAAAGAUUACACCUUUGGCUUCACAACCAAGUGGUUCGGAUAGCAGUGAAAACAGUCAUCUACAGAAUCAACUAGAGUGGUGGUUCUUCUGGAGUCAUCCCGGUCUUGCAAAGCUCUCGAAUCUUCUUCAAGAUACACUGCUCCCGUUCUUCACAGAGAUGAUAUUCAAUCUAUCGAUACCGAUAACCAUUAAGCUGUCGAAUAGCUAUCUUGAAGACAAUAGGAAGUUGGUAUCACCGACUUCGUCACCUUCCAAACCAGCUGGUGCUACUCAGCAACAACAACAACAACAAGACGGUGGAUCUACACAGCAACAGCAACAACAACAGCCAGUUGAGAGUCAAUCGUUGAUAAUCGAAGGUUCAAGACUACAAGAAUUGGUGAUAUCGGUGCAACAAAGACUGAGAAGUCAAGCAUCGGAGAAGGUUAUGCUCUACUGCCAGAACAAUGUUAGAUCGCUCAUUUCCAUGUUGACACCGAUCGAUAUUGACGACUCGGUGCUGUCGGUUGCGACAUCGAUGAUCAGCCGAAGAUUGAUGCGACAAGCCGACUCUAUAUGCUUGCCUGAAGUGUUGCAAAAGGCAAGAGUGUUGGCAAUCGAGAUCAUCGCCAAGAAGCAGACGGUAUCGCUCAACAAGACGUCGCUGCAACUUCUCAACAUGUCGAUGUCCGAUGUGACAAAGAACAACCAGCAGAACUACACAGUGGUUGGCGUUGCACAGAGUCACUUGGCUGUGCUCGAGGAGGUGUUGGAUCUACGUGGAGUCUGCACCAAGCUGGAGCAAUACACUGAACAGAUAUCGACUUUGUUGGAUGCCGAACAUCAACAUCUCGACGACAAUGAUAAUCUAAUUGCAUUUGCACUGACUCCACUCGAACCCAAGCUUCUGAGUGACAUAAUGACAGCUCUUCUCAAAGCGAAUUCACUUCUUGGCAUCGAAGUAUUCGGUGUUAUCGUUGAGAAUCCAUCGACACAACUAAAGAAUACUCUACCGAUUCUUUUCAAACUUGUCGUUCAUCUCCUAUCCAAUAUAAUGAUGUACGAAUACAAGUUGAAUCCACCACAACUUCCACCACUUCCAUUGGAUAACAAUAACCUAGGUAAUUCAACAACAACAAUAACAACAACAACAUCAUCGUCAUCGUCAUCAUCAAUAGCAACAACAACAACAUCAUUAUCAUCGAGCCAAAACACUACUGUACAACAACAGCAGCAACAACAGCAAGAGGUUACAAUGGCACUGGAGGAGUUACAACAACCAUUGCCUAUCAAUCGACUUACAGGUCACAAACUCGGAGGUGUAUUCGUUGAUCUCAUUAAGAAGAUGGUUAAACUACAUUCUGAUUUUAGUGUCUUGAUUCCACAGUAUCUACUAUCACACAGCCGUGUCUUUACCAUCGUAACACAAUCGUCUACCUUCACAUUGGAAUGGUUGCAUUCCUAUGACUGGAUACUCUUAACACUCCUACAAGACAAUGUAAUCGAUUGUAUCUCAAUUGAAGGUUGUUGGAAUAAUCUAUUCGAUCGUUGUUUUACAUUUUUAAUUGAACUAUCAUCAGCAUCAACAUCAACAUCAUCUUCUACCUCUUCAUCAACAGAAAUAAUAGAUAAUAAUAAUAAUAAUAAUAUUGAUAACAAUAGUAAAUUACUUCAAAUUCAAACAUUACAAUCACUUUUGAAAGUAAUUUGUGAAUUUAUAAAGUUAUAUCAUUUCCAUUUCCAAGCACAACAACAACAACUACCAAUUAUUAUUACCUCAACAACAACUGUCAUAACAAUAAGUGAAGACACAACAACAACAACUAAUAACAAUAACAAUAAUAGUAAUAGUAGUGGUAAUAAGCAUCCAUAUAGUAAAUUAGAUUUCAAUCUUUGUCUCGAGAGUUUCCUUCAGAGACUAAUGAAAAUCAAAUCAUCCGAUAGAUUCAAAUCGAUAACUGAUCUAUCGAUCACCAUUGACCAAUCGAUACAAUACCUAAACAAUCAGAUUCAAUCAAUAUUUAAACAACAGCAACAAAAAUAA